AUGCAGUGGUGCAAGGAAGGGAGAGAGGUACAGCAAAAACACGUUUCGGCAUGCGUAUUUCACAGACACGAGGAGCUUAAUAAGAGUGAGUAUCUUUGCACAUGUGAGAAACUCACAGAUGUUCUUCACAUACUCGAACUACCUGAAAAACAUAAUAUCACUGAUACUCUAACAAGAACAGCAGAAACAGGAGCAGCAGGAAGAGCAACAACAAGUUCAAUGACAGUUGUGGAAUCUGCCGCCCAGUUGUCGGUACAUGGGGCGAUAUCUAUGACCGCUUCGUAUGCGGAUUACACCUCCCGCACCCGCUGUCACACUGUGGAGAAUCUCACAAUUGAACAAUGUAUUUCUUUCUGGAAGCGCAGUGUCAUUUUUGCUGCAGAAUUUAUACUCAGUGCCACCAAUAAUGCCAUGCGGCGAAGUGCAGUAGUGGUGGGAGUCUUCAUGAUACGCAGUGAUUACUCGGAAUUCACAGUAGGUAUCAUCACACAAUGCGCAACGCGUGAUAAUCGCUUGCAGCCCAUUCUUUCUCAAUUCUGCGACCAUCACAUGUUAACAAGAGUUCAUGCGGAAUUGCCACUCUGCGCAGCACACCGCACAACUACCAUGCGGUUAUGGUGGGAACCAAGGACAGAACGGGUAACUCCACAUCGUAUCAUGCCACCUAUGAAGGUAAUUCUUGAGCAACAUCAGAAACUACAGUGUAAUGGAAUUCCGUGUUGUGGCUAUGGUGCCGUUAAUGUAUUUCUUUGUCGUCCCAUGACAUCACGUCUUUGUGGGACAACGAAGAAAACGCUCCAGUCCACCAACCCUGAUGCUUUUGAAAAGAUAUUAUUAUCAACUGUUGAUAAGGGACAGGGUAAGGGAUUAAAGGAUGAUGCAGAUGCUGCUAUUCUUAAUUCAGAUUUCUUAAAGGAUGCCGCAUACUCUUCAGCAGUACAGAAGAGACAGAAAUUGAAAUUAGAUCGACGACAAAAUAUCGUUAUCCUUCACUUUGAUGAUCUCUCCGUUGUUGAGGAGGGUGAACAUCUCAUUGGUGUGGAAGUGGAAGCACUGCCCUCUUACAGAGCAUUUCUACCCGCACUCUACGGUCACCUUGCACCAUUCCUCGUGGUUGCACGUGAAGAUGCCUGA